GUUUACUACUGUAACCCGCAAACUUACAGAUUCACAGCAGAAGGUUGAACCGUUUCAAAAAAGCUCUUUGUAAGAAGCGCAUACCUUCAAGUAUUCGCAGUCGCGAUCAUGAGUUUCAUUCCUCUCAACCCGCGACCUUUCCUGCAAAACCUCGUCGGCAAGGAGGUCAAUGUCAAGAUCAAGUGGGGCCAGGAAUACACCGGACGCUUAGUGUCGACCGACUCGUACAUGAACAUUCAACUUUCUGGUGCAGAAGAAUGGGCUGGUGGUGAGAGCAAGGGCGUGCUUGGACAAGUUCUGAUUCGGUGUAACAAUGUUCUAUGGAUAUCCGCACGCGACCAAAAGGGAAACUCCAAUGGCGACACCGAGAUGAAGACUGAGGCUUAAGGGACAAUCGAUGCUGUAAAGCUUCGCGAACGAUGAUUGAACCUGCGGCCGACGCAAAGGCAUUGCGCCUGGCUGCGUCCUAACAGCUUCGGGGCAGACGCAGACGAGAGCCGGAACACCGCCAACAGUGAGCGGCAAGUCGCCACCAGCGAGCGGCAGCGCCACAAAACACAUACUUAUGGCUGCAAGAGUGUAUGCCAAAUGAAGCUCCGCAGCCUGUUUGGCAGCCUCAACCCGCUGAACAGGUUCCUGGACACAUAGUCUAUCGACACGACUCGGCCCAGCAGUAUCAUGAUUAUAUGCAAAGGACUGCACAGUCACAACUUUCGACGCCGGAACGGUGUCGAGCGCAUGGAUCCUAGGAUUCAUCGUCCGGGAAUGCUCAUGAUGACUAUGAAGAAGACGGCCUGGUGCGAGCGAGCGUGAUUUCCGCUCCAUUCACAUAUGAAUAUAUCCACAUAAAAUUCUACCAGCUAAUUCCUCCGAG